UUGUCGAAGUGCAGUGUUUACAGUGGGUUUGCAGAGUGGAGCAAGAACGAUGGAACAACGUGUGACGUCGAUGAUAGCUCACUUGCUGGUCAAGGCGCUGAUGGCUCAGACUUCAGCAUGUGUACCGCGGCAAGUUUACGCGAGCUACACCAAAUGUACCCCUCAAAUACCAAGACAUUGAUCCAUAAGCAAACGCCUUGGACGUUGAUUCGAAAGCAGCUCCGAAUCGUUGAUAUUUAAGUCUUGCAGCAGUUUCGAUUCUAUUCAAUUGAUUUCAGUCACCAUGUCAAACGACAACAAACCCCAAGCCUUCAAUCCUCCCGGGGUCCACGAACCACCACCCUCUUACAAGCAUGUCUGCAUAACACCAAUUCUACCAACUUCCAAAUUCAUAACUCUUGCCGGACAGACAGGCGAUUACAAAGCCUCUUGGAUCGAGCAAGUAAAGGGAGCAUACGAGAACGUCAAGAAGUGCUUGGAAGCAGCUGGUGCAAGCCCACGAGAUAUCGUCCAUGUACGGCACUACAUUGUCAAUGAUUCCGGCGACGCAGACUUGAACAAGGAGCAUGUUGUUGAACGAGGAUGGGCGCCGCUUUGGAUCGAGUUUAUGGAUCAGCACGGAAAUGGUCACAAGCCACCUGACACGGUUUUGGGGGUUGCAAGUCUGGCUCUGAAGGGGUUAUUGUACGAGGUGGAAGUCUGGGCAAUUGUGCAUGGAUAGUCUGAGUGCAAAGCUCAUUUGGUAUCAUGCAAGGAGCCA